AUGCUAUCGAGCGUCCUUGCCCUAUUUUGUCUUUUUCUAUUGUCAGUACUUGCCACUGACCCUACGAUUGAUACCAUCUUCGUGAUCAAGGACACGGAUACACACGGCGGGUGCAGACAACGCCGGCAAGCCCUCGACAACUACUUGUUCGAGUCCAGAGCUUUGGUCGCAGCCGGUCUGCAGGCAAUUGAACAUGCGAAAGACUCUUCCGCGAAGGAGUCCGUCGUUGCCAAACGGUACCUAUACACAUACUUCAGGGCGGUAGAUGACGCAUCGAUUGAAUUUGUGAAGAGGUUCUUGAGAGUUGUUCAAGAUUUCCUAUCUGGCAAGAAAGUCAUCGGAUCUGACAAGAUCCCACGUCUAUACUGUGACGACACAUGGCUUGUGAAGUUGGAACCCACUGAUAUAGCCUGGGAUCAUGAAAAUAAUGACGUGUACACGAUCGGCGAAGAUGGUGUUUUCCAACCAGUGUCGAUUGAUCAAAUAGAGACCUACAGAAAAUAUCUCUGGGAGCUAAACAAGGAAGGUAACUGGGAGAGAACUGGAAAAGUACCUUACUGGGCGGGUGACAUGUCUCAAUACCUUUUCGAUGACAGCUACAAAAAAGGCAAGACCUAUUGCACCAACUCGGCGCAAAACCUUGGGGCGUCACAGGAGCAGACAAGGCCAAAUACCCUCACACUGUGCCCCAGAUCCUUCAAAUCUACAGUCAAACGUGCAAAGCUUGGGAACACAGCACCUAAGGCAAGAAUGGCGCUCGCCAAUGUUCUUCCACAGUCCGGGACGUUUUAUCACGAACUGUACCAUGUGGUCCUAGGGAAUGAUCAGACACCAGAUUUGAGCUAUCAAUGGACAGAAUCUCAAGAUUGGCUCCAGGGCAAGCAGCCGACUGCUGUGCCUGUGCCCUACGACAAAGACCACGAGCACCUUAUUCGACGUAACCCUGAAUCAUACUUAUGGUUCACUGUGGGUUAUUGGUAUUUCCUGCAGACUCAGUGGUCGGGGUCGUCUGAUAACAGAUGGAGUUUCGAUACUGGGGUUGCUCAAUUGAUCUCAAUUUAG